AUGCCUCCAAAGAAAGGAGGUGGAAAAAAGAGUAAAAACGAUGAAUGGGAUGAUGAGGCUGCUGAACGAAAAUUAGCCUCUCUUAUGGCAAAGAAAGAGGAUGAGGAGAUAGAUUGGGAUGCAGAAAGUGAUGAUGAACCUGUACAACCUAUAAAACCUACUGCAGGCAAAAAAACGGCAUUUGCAAUGUUGAUGGAUGAUGAUAAUGAUGACGACGAUAGUGACGCUAAAUCCCAUUCAGAUGCGGAGGAAGUUGAGAAGGUGGAGGACAAGAAACCUCAAAAACAAGAGAAGAAAACGGAGAAAAAGGUAGACGGUCCCGCUCAAACGAAACAAGACAAGAAGAAGGGCAAAAAAGGGAAAAAGGGGAAACAAGAAGAUGACGAUGAUCUUGAUGCAAUUUUGGCUAAUUUGGAAAUGAGUGAAAAAUCUGCUCCGGCAGGCAAAAGCAAAAAGAAAGGUGGGAAGAAAGAUGAACCCGAAUCAGCUGUAACCGUCGAAGGAAGUAAAGAAGGAACUCCUGCAUCGACAGAGUCUGCUCCAGUUGGGUCUGCUCCGGUAGUAGACGUGCCAGAAACAACUGAAGUGGCUGGAGAUGAAGGCAAAAAGAAGAAAAAGAAGAAGAAGGACAAGAAAAAGGGAGAGGUAGAAGACGAGCAGGAAAAAGAGGAGAAAGAGGAAGAGGCGAAAGAGGAGGUGAAGGAACAAGCUGGUGGCGAUGCCGAGGAGGGGGAAGAUGAAGAUGAUGUUGUCAAAGACAAAAAGAAGAAGAAGAAGGACAAGAAGAAGGAUAAGAAAAAAGCUGACAAAGAGGAGAAGGAUGAAGGGAAAGGGAAGAAGAAGAAACAUGUCGACAUGAUCAAAGAACUCUUACGAGCGAAACAAGAGGCUGAAGAAGCUGAACUCCGACGACAAAAAGAAGAAGAAGAACGUUUAGAAGCAAUAGCCAAGGCUAAAGAAGAAGAGGAGCGCCUGGCAAAAGAGAGACGAGAAGCUAAAAAGGCUAAAGAAAAAGCAGCAAUUGAGCGAAAGAAAGCUGAGGGAACAUACCUGACCGCUGCCCAGAAAGAGAAACAGCGAAUAGCUGCUGCAAAAUUGGCCGCAGCUGGCUUGGCGAAACCAGCACCGACAGCGGUUAGCGACCAGGUCAUCUAUGCGAAUCUUGAUCGACGUGCCAAGAAGAAGUUACAGGAGCAACGUAUGAAGGAGCAACAGUUGAGGGAGCAAAAAGAGAAAGAAGAUGCUGCGGCUAAGCUAGCAAAAGAAGCAGAAACUCCUCCACCAUCGAAGGAAGAAACCCCAGAGUCGAAGUCACCAACACCUGCUAAAGAAGAGCUUCUCGAUGACUGGGAGAUGGCUGAGGAGGAAACUAAUAAAACAGUCGAGGAGUCAGAGAAGACGGAAAUGAAGCCAGCUUCUCGAGUUGUGACUGCUACUUCAGAUGAGAAAAGCCUUACGGCGAAGUCAGAAGAAUCCGAAGAAGAAUCGUCUGAAGAAGAAAGUGAAUCAGAUGAGGAAAGUGAAAGUGAGGAGGAGUCUUCAAGUGAUGACGAGUCUCCUAAAGCAAAAAUCACAAAGGAAGAACAAAUGGACCUAGUACGACAACGAUUGGCUAAAAGACGUGAAUUGGCAGAAUCCAAAAGGUCUACUGACAAUCUUCGUGCUCCGGUUAUUUGCGUUCUUGGUCACGUUGACACAGGAAAGACAAAAAUGUUGGACACCAUCCGUCGAACGAAUGUGCAGGAUGGUGAGGCGGGAGGUAUUACGCAGCAGAUAGGUGCUACACAGGUCCCAGCUGAUGCGAUUAAGGAACGUUGUAAACAAGUUCGUGAUUUCACCCCCGAAUUAGUUAAGAUCCCUGGUUUUCUGAUUAUUGACACUCCCGGUCACGAGAGUUUCUCGAAUUUACGAUCCCGUGGAUCGUCACUAUGUGAUUUUGCGAUUCUUGUCGUGGACAUCAUGCACGGUCUUGAGCCGCAAACAAUUGAAUCUUUGAAGCUGUUACUCAAAAGGAAAACACCUUUCGUUGUCGCACUUAACAAGAUUGAUCGUCUCUAUGGUUACGAGUCCAACCCCCGAAAAGAUGUUUACCAACAUAUGAAAUCUCAACCACAAAACACACAACUUGAGUUCAAAGAGCGCUAUGAAAAGAUUGUUGGAGAAUUCGCCGAGCAGGCAAUUAAUGUGUGUUUGUCAAAUCAAAACAAAAAUGUCGAUGAGUACGUCAGUAUGGUACCAACAUCUGCGUAUUUGGGAGAUGGAAUAGGAAACUUGAUGGCAUUCAUUGUAGCGACAACACAAAAAUAUCACGCUGAAAAGUUGUCGUUCUGUGAAGAGUUGGACGCUACCGUAAUGGAAGUGAAAGCUAUCCCUGGACUGGGAACUACUAUUGACGUUAUUCUUGUGAACGGUCGGCUAAAAGUUGGAGAUAUUAUCGUGAUAACCGGGACCGAUGGCGCCAUUAUGACCCCUAUUAGAGAGUUGCUUAUGCCGCAACCAUUGAAAGAACUUCGUGUAAAAAAUGAAUAUGGCCAUUAUAAAGAAAUACAGGGUGCUCAAGGCGUGAAGGUAUUGGCUAAAGGACUCGAGAAAGCCUUGGCGGGUCUCCCGCUGUUUGUUGCUCACAAGGUCGACGAGAUCGACUUCUUGAAGCAGGAAGCCGAAGCUCAACUGAGCCAAGCGCUUAUGUCAAUUAAAAAGAAGCGCGAAGGUGUGUAUGUCCAAGCCAGCACACUAGGUUCAUUGGAGGCACUGUUAGAAUUUUUGAAGACGCAGAAGAUUCCGUACUCGAAUGUCAACAUUGGUCCAGUUCACAAAAAAGAUGUCCAAAAAGCAGCUGCUAUGUUGGAACACAAGCCAGAGUUUGCCUGUAUUUUGGCAUUUGACGUGAAAAUUGAACGAGACGCACAACUAUACGCCGAUCAAGAGAAAGUGAAGAUCUUCCAAGCGGAUAUCAUUUAUCACUUAGAAGAUAACUUCCUUAAGUAUAGGGAAGAACUACGGCUAAAAGCACGAAGAGAAAACGAACAUCUAGCUAUAUUCCCAUGUAAAUUACGCGUUCUACCCCAGCAUGUGUUCAACGCCAGGAACCCUAUAGUCUGCGGUGUUAGCGUUGAAGCUGGACAACUCAAACGUGGAACUCCUAUUUGUGUGCCUAGUAAGGAUUGCAUCUUUUUGGGAUCUGUUGCAUCGAUUGAGAGAAAUCAUGAAGAAAUACAACUAGCGAAAGCUGGCGAUGAAGUCUGCAUUAAGAUAGAAAACACCACCGGUGAAGCUCCAAAACUAUACGGGCGACAUUUCAAUCAUGAAGAUCCACUAGUCAGUCGAAUAUCCCGUGAUUCCAUUGAUGCCUGUAAAACCUAUUUCCGAGAUGAUCUAACUCGUGCCGAUUGGCAACUAGUGGUUGAAUUGAAACGUCUUCUUGAUAUACAUUAA